CCGCCGCCGCCGCGGUGACAGGCGAGCCGGGCGGGUGACGGGAAGUGCGGGCCGCGGGCGCGGGCGGGGAGGUGACAGCAGCACGCGGGGAAGAUGGCUGAGGACUUCGGCUUCUUCUCGUCGUCGGAGAGCGGGGCCCCCGAGGCCGCCGAGGAGGACCCGGCCGCCGCCUUCCUGGCCCAGCAGGAGAGCGAGAUCGCCGGCAUCGAGAACGACCCCGGCUUCGGGGCACCUGCCGCCAGCCAGGUGGCCUCCGCGCAGCCGGGGCUCGCGAGCGGGGCUGGUUCUGAGGACAUGGGGACUACAGUCAAUGGAGAUGUGUUUCAGGAGGCUAAUGGGCCUGCCGAUGGCUAUGCUGCAAUUGCCCAGGCAGACAGGUUGACCCAGGAGCCUGAGAGCAUCCGCAAGUGGAGAGAGGAGCAGAAGAAAAGGCUGCAGGAGCUGGAUGCUGCCUCUAAGGUGACCGAACAGGAAUGGCGGGAGAAGGCUAAGAAAGAUCUAGAGGAGUGGAACCAGCGCCAAAGCGAACAGGUUGAGAAGAACAAGAUCAACAACAGGAUUGCUGACAAAGCGUUCUACCAGCAGCCAGAUGCUGAUAUCAUUGGCUAUGUGGCAUCUGAGGAGGCUUUUGUGAAAGAAUCCAAGGAGGAGACCCCAGGCACAGAGUGGGAGAAGGUAGCCCAGCUGUGUGACUUCAACCCCAAGAGCAGCAAACAAUGCAAAGAUGUGUCCCGCCUGCGUUCGGUGCUCAUGUCCCUGAAGCAGACACCAUUGUCCCGCUAGGUGUCUGCUGUAAGAAUGGCCAAAGCAUGGGCCUUGCUGGGGCAGAGGAGCAGCUGCUUCAGGCAGAGUGGAACUUCCUCUGGUAGUUGCCACGCACAGCCUGUUCUGCUCCUCUGUGUCUCUGGGAGCUGGGAAGUGGGACCCUACCCCUUUCACCCCUUACUCCCUGCUGGCCCCAUGUUCCAGCCCCUCUCAGUCCACUCCAGUGUGACUGUCCCUCCUGAUGUAUUUUUCUUGGCUUAAAGGAUAUGUUAACUCUU